AUGUCCAAGGGACAGGUGAAACCCGUCCAGAAGAGCACGAGCACACGCGCAGUUAAGAAGUUAUUUCGCGUGUAUCUCGACUUGGGGGGAAAGAUGAAAACCAGGAGCAUUGGUGGCAACUGGUACACACUGAUCAUCAGAGACGAUUUCUCCCGUUGGACGCGUGUUUUCUUCUUGAAACACAAGUCUGACGCAGCGGUUGGGUUUGAGAAGUUCCUGGCGGACUACCGAACGAAAGGGGUUCCGUGUGAGGUUUGUAUCGCACGUACCGACGGUGGCGGCGAGUUCCAGGGGCAGUUUGCGGAACUUUGUCGCCGACACGGCAUCAAAGAAGAGUUCACCCCGCCUCACACCCCAAAAUAUAACGGUGUAGCGGAGAGAGCGCUAGGGUUGAUCACUGAUGCCGCGCUUGCGUCACGCAUCCAAGCGACGCAACUGUUCCCCGACGCACCGAACCACCCCGGGUUGUGGGCCGAGGCCAUUUCGUGUGCAUGCCAUCAGCUGAACUGCACCGCCACUAAAUCAAACGAGGGAGACAAAUCCGCCUACGAGAUGUUCCACGACUCCCCACCGCCUGUCGGGUCUACAUACCCGUUUCUCAAACCAGCCGUGUUCAAGUCGAGAAGAAAAGCAAAGUCGCAACCCAAGGGCGAAAAAGGAUGGUACCUUGGUCCUGCCCACAAUCACCCCCGUGAAUGCCUAAGUAUGACCUCGCCAAUCGGGCAGAAGCCGAGUGAUGUGGAAGCAGUACCGAUGACGUACAAGGAUGUGAUGUGUUCCAAGUACAAGGUUUUCUGGGAGGCGGCCAUGAAGAAAGAGAUAGAUGGCCACGAUAAGACUGGAACCUUUACCAAGGUCAAGGAGCUGUACGAGGGGCAGAAGGCCACAGGUUCAAAGUGGGUGUUAUCUUGGAAGACGAAUGAUAAGGGCCUGAUAGUCGACUUCAAGGCCCCGUCUAUCAAGACGGUGAUUGCCGUAGCCAGUGAAAAGGGCAAGAAACUCGCUCACUGGGAUGUGAAGCAAGCGUACAUUCACGCUAAGCUAAAAGACGAACUAUACCUUAGGUUCCCGGGAGGCUGUGGUAGUAUGUCCGGCAAGGUGGUCAACGUUGAGAGUGCUCUGUAUGGCCUAAAGCAGAGUGGCCGUGAGUGGGGGUUUGAAGCUGCCGAUGCCCUCAUCGAGGAUGGAUACGAGCAGUACAGGGUUGACCCGUGUGUCUUCCGGAAGGUGGUGGAUGGAGAGGUCGUAGGUCUCAUCGUGAUCUACGUUGAUGACAUCUUAGUGGCGGCAGACGAGGGAGGGCGAGAGGAGUUGUUCGCUUCCCUCAACAAGAAGUCUCCGGUGAAAGAUCUGGGGGAGUGUACCUUGUACGACGGGUGUGCUAUCGCCAUGGAUGUAGAAAAUGGCAUCACCAAGCUGUCCCAGACAGCAUACAUUGAGAGUAUGCUGAAGCGGUUUGAUGUGACCACGACCGCUUUCACCCCUGCUGCCACCGAUGCCGACCUAGGGCCGAAGAGAGAUGACGAGCCCGCGGUGGAUAAGCCUGUGAGGGAGGCGAUCGGAUGCCUGAUGUGGACGAAGCUGACGAGGCCAGACAUCGCCCUGCCUCUGAACAAGCUCCAGAAGAUCGCCCACUCACCCACGGGGAUGAUAUGGAACGCGCUUGUGCGGAUCAUGUCCUACCUGAACUUCACGAAGGACUUCGGCAUCACCUACGUACGGGGGUUAGGACUAGACCUAAGCGUAUUUGUCUAUGCCAGCUACGCUGACAACGAAGUAGACAGGCGUUCUACGACCGGGCUAGCUGGCGUGAAGGAGGCGGUGUUUGUGCGUGGCGUUCUGCCGUUCCAUUUCAUUCGCGAGCUAUUCAAGUCGGGCAAGAUCACUGCAGAGUAUGUUCCGACUGGAGAGCAGCACGCCGACAUGCUGACCAAGGUCCUUGGCAGAGAGAAGUUAGAGUACCACCGGAAGGCUCUGAUGAACCUACCGAUGUAG